AUGACCGCCGGUUUGAUGAUGGCCUCUCAGAAAGGCCCUCGGUUUCAGGUAACGUGACUUUUGUUUUUUUUGUGACUUUAGGUUUGGCUUUACCCUUAUGGCUAUCUAUGUUAAAGUUUUAACUGGAUUGAGAGUUUACAACUGCUUUAAAUUGAAAGAUUUUGUUAAAGCAGCUAACAGAAGUUAGUUUAACGUUUUCUUUUGAUUAUAAGUUUUCUAAGAAGGAGGAUAUAGGCUUGAAAUGUUUUUUUGGUGUAAGAUUAUUUACUUUUUUCGGCUAAUGGAAAAGAUUAACAUAAACACUUACAGGUGGUUCGAUUGCCAGGACAAUUUACAAGAGGUCGUUGGGACUGUUGGGACUAUCGUGAGCCCGAUCAGAAGCCCGGAGACGCCGGAGUCUUGGUGUUUGACACUUCGACGCCUUCGUCCACGACAGUGUCUCAUCCUGGCGACACACCUUCUACUGUACCUUUAUCGUCUGUGCAUACUAAUCCAACUGUUCUUUCUAAUACUGUUUCACCAUCUAAUUCUAGUCAUACGAUAGGAGAAGGGACCAUAGUGGUCACCUCCAUCGCUCAGUUUCAACCGAAUCUUAAUGCAGUAAGUUGACUUGGUUUAUUUUUCUAUUUUAGGUAAUAUGUUUAAGUAUUAUUUUGUUUUAAGCAUGCAUUUUACUAAUUAAUUUGUUUUUUAAAUGUUUUUCUGUAAUAGCUUUUCUAUAUCGAUUAUUAUCGGUGGAAAUUUCUGAUGUUUUUUUGCCCUUUUCGACUUUAACUACAAUAUUUUUGUCUACCAAUUAGUUGUUAUUGUAUUUGACACUGUUGGAAUCACAUUUUGUUUUCAGCAGGUCUCCAAACCACUUGCGGGACCGUCAGUUUCGGCUCCUUUACAGCCAUCAUUGUCGGCUUCUGCAUCGGCAAAGAACUUGAAUAAACUAGAAGAAGAAGCUUCUGAAGGGUACGUUAAACUAUUUUAAAGCAUAAUCGUGAGGUUUUAAACAUUGUUACUUUAUAUCUUUAAUUUUAUAAUUUUUUUAAUCAAAAAAGAUGAAGUUUAUUGUUUUAGGUCGAGCAACAUGGGUUUGUUAAAUGCGGGUGCCAAUGUUGUCGCAAUUGACAACAAAAUCGAACAAGCAAUGGAUCUUGUGAAGACUCAUUUGACAUUUGCAGUUAGGGAAGAGGUUGAGACGUUAAGGACGACGAUAGCUGACUUGGAAGCGAAGGUAAACUUUAGGAACUUUGUUGAAGUAAAACAUAACUUCAUUUAAAUAUGACUUUUUGUGGUUUAUAUUAAUAUAAAACAUUUAGUUUGUAACGUUACUUGUUAAAUUCGAUAACUUUUUACUUAUUAUAAUUUUUAGGUAACAAAUCUGGAGCAACAGAAUCAGAUGCUGCGCCAGUACGCUCCAGCUGAAGUAGUGAACAACUUGUCCAACAUACUUCAGAAUCGCUCCACGGUGGGGUCACACAACUCUGUACCUUUGCCUUCCGAAGCCAGCUCCGCCGAGAAUGAACACCCCAAACUGAUACGUCGCGACACAGCUCAGGAACUGCAUCCGUGA